UUCCCCGUCAAAAAUUUACCCAAAGUAUCGAAAAGUAUUUUCGUUUUUUCGAAUACUCCAAAUCAAAUCUGUUAUGUAAUCAAUUUCGAUCUCUUCCCUAAUUAUCACCCAAAAAGUAUCGCAUCCAAUUUACUCCAAAAACAAAUCUAUUGUAGGUGGGAUUCAUGAUCUGGUUACAUACUAAAAAAAGAAAAUGAUGAAUUUUAGGAACUUUGAUGAUUUCUGGGCUUUUUAUAUGAGUCAACACUCUAACCCAUGUACAAGGCGUUGGCACUUUGCGGGUACUCUGAGUGGAAUUAUAAUCUCAAUUUACUCUUUAUUGUUCAAUUGGAGAUUCUUCGUUUUGGCACCAUUAGUUGGUUAUGGAUUCGCUUGGUAUAGCCAUUUCUUUGUAGAAAAGAAUGUUCCUGCAACAUUUGGUCAUCCGAUUUGGUCAUUUUACUGUGAUUUCAAGAUGUUUGGAUUAAUUCUUACUGCUCGAUUGGAUGGAGAAAUUAAGAGACUUGGUAAACGACCUGUUCUGCAUUCUUUCUGAUAUAUUUUUUUUCACUUUUAUUUAUUUAUUGUACAUAUAGCUGUAUUAUUGUUAUGUUUACAAUCUUAUUAUGAAUGGGUUAUUUCAAUUUAUUAUA